AUGCUGUCUUUGUUUCCCUCCCAAUCACAAGCCGAAAGCAACCUACACGUGCUAGCGAUCGUUGCUGUUGGCGGCAACACAAUAGAUGGAUGCUUUGAGGCUCUUAAACAGCACACCCCUCUCUACAUUCGUACAAAUUCCAAGGAAAAGAGAAGUUAUGCACCACCGGGAAGGAUUUCGAGCGGAUGA